AUUUGGGGCAGAGGCGGACAAGAUGGCGGCGGCAGCUGUACAGGGCAGGAGAAGCGGUGGUAGCGGAGGCUGUAGUGGGGCUGGUGGUGCUUCCAACUGCGGGACAGGAAGUGGCCGUGGCGGCUUGUUGGAUAAGUGGAAGAUAGAUGAUAAGCCUGUAAAAAUUGACAAGUGGGAUGGAUCAGCUGUGAAAAACUCUUUGGAUGAUUCUGCCAAAAAGGUACUUCUGGAAAAAUAUAAAUAUGUGGAGAAUUUUGGUCUAAUUGAUGGUCGCCUCACCAUCUGUACAAUCUCCUGUUUCUUUGCCAUAGUGGCUUUGAUUUGGGAUUAUAUGCACCCCUUUCCAGAGUCCAAACCCGUUUUGGCUUUGUGUGUCAUAUCCUAUUUUGUGAUGAUGGGGAUUCUGACCAUUUAUACCUCAUAUAAGGAGAAGAGCAUCUUUCUCGUGGCCCACAGGAAAGAUCCUACAGGAAUGGAUCCUGAUGAUAUUUGGCAGCUGUCCUCCAGUCUUAAAAGGUUUGAUGACAAAUACACCUUGAAGCUGACCUUCAUCAGUGGGAGAACAAAGCAGCAGCGGGAAGCCGAGUUCACAAAGUCCAUUGCUAAGUUUUUUGACCACAGUGGGACACUGGUCAUGGAUGCAUAUGAGCCUGAAAUAUCCAGGCUCCAUGACAGUCUUGCCAUAGAAAGAAAAAUAAAGUAGCCAAUUCUAAAAGUAGCCCUCUUUCUCCUGGAUCUUGCUGAAUUAGUGGCUUGGGGGGUGGGGGAGAUAAAAAGAACUUAAAAUGGGUAAAGUAAGAAAUGUUAAAAAGUCCCUGUUUUGUCCUGAAAUUUUAGUCUAUUCUGGAAAAAUAGGAUUUUCUGACACAGAUAUGAGAAGUUGUAGCUCUGAUGUCUAGCUGUAGUCUCCUUGAUCUGCUGAUUGCAUUAUUUUAAUUUGCUUUUCUGGGAAAGCAGUUUUGCUAAAAGCUGUACAGACUUUUUCUUUUGUACCUAGCAGUACUUUAUAUAGUAUAGCUUUGGGCCAUGUAGCAUUUUAAGACUCAAUUUUAAAAAAUUA